UCUUGACAAUGGACUCUUGAGAAAUUGCUUUCACACUUCAGCUAACAUAUUUGUUAUGUUAAAGUAACUUACAAAUAUAAAUAUAUAUAUACAUUUUAUUUAUAUACUUAUUUAUUUCAGUUCUGUUUUGUUCAAAGAUGCGUACCGCCUUUGCUAUAACCCUAGUUUUUGUUGGUUGCUGCAGUAAUGUGGUGUUUUUGGAACUUUUAGUAAGGGAUUCCCCAGGCUGUGGGAACAUUGUAACGUUUGCUCAGUUUUUAUUUAUUGCAUUGGAGGGUUUCAUCUUUGAAGCCAAUUUUGGAAGGAAGAAACCAGCCAUUCCGUUUAGCAACUACGUGAUUAUGGUGACCAUGUUCUUCACAGUGAGCGUUGUGAACAACUAUGCCCUCAACUUCAACAUAUCCAUGCCCCUGCAUAUGAUAUUCAGAUCAGGAUCCUUAAUAGCUAACAUGAUUCUGGGAAUCAUUAUAUUGAAGAAAAGAUACACAAUUACAAAAUACGUCUCCAUAGCUCUUGUGUCAUUGGGAAUUUUUAUUUGCACUAUCAUGACGGCCAAACAAGUGGCCUCAGAACCAAGUGCCAAUGAAGGAGAAGGUUUCUAUCCUUUUCUGCGCUGGCUGUUUGGUGUUGCUAUGCUGACAUUUGCACUCCUCAUGUCAGCGAGGAUGGGGAUUUUCCAAGAGACGCUCUAUAAGAAAUAUGGCAAGCACUCCAAGGAGGCCCUGUUUUACAAUCACUGCCUUCCAUUGCCUGGUUUUCUUCUGCUUGCGAGUGACAUCUACAAUCAUUCAGGUCUCUUCAGUCAAAGUGCUCCUAUUGAUGUUCCAGUGAUUGGCAUAAAGGUGCCUGUGAUGUGGUUCUACCUUUCAAUGAAUGUUUUAACUCAAUAUGUUUGUAUUCGAGGAGUUUUUAUUCUGACGACUGAGUGCACAUCUCUUACCGUCACACUGGUAGUGACCCUGCGUAAAUUCGUCAGCCUCAUUUUUUCAAUAAUGUACUUCAGAAAUCCCUUCACUGUGUGGCACUGGAUUGGAACUCUAGUGGUCUUCAUUGGAACACUGAUGUACACUGAAGUGUGGACCAGUGUCAGGACUCUUCUUCACAGUGACAAGGAAGAAGCAAAAAAGGAUUAAGUGGCUGUAUUAUAGGACGAUUUCUAGCUGUGACAUUGUUUACUUGAACAGUGACAAAAUGUAAAUUCAGUUAAGUUCCAGUACAUAAUACAUUUUCACCAUACCAGUUUUGUGUUUGAAGAUCUACAUUGUGCUAGGCAAUAUAAUGCCAGUUCUAAGCUAGAAAUCAGAUAGGAAUUACAGAGUCUAUUUUAAUUAUCUAAGCAGCGGUGGACCUUAAUGCAGACACACUAACUCUAUAUAAGUGAUAUAUGGGUUUGUUUGUUUUUUUCUGCAGGAGUGAUUUAUAGACUCCCUUAAAACCAUCACUAAACACAAUAAAUACAGCGUAAUGGUUAAGGGUUAAACACGUUAGGGUGUUGGAAUUAAGAUCUGCCACUGUUUAGGUUUUUAAAAUAGACCUAAUUUAUUUAGUUUUUAAUGUAUAUGUGCUUUAAGGAUCCAUAGAAAAGUUAAUUGUAAAUGUUUCAUUUUGAAUCAGUGGUAUUGAAACACGACUUUGACAUUGAAUGACUGAUUUACCGUUGAUUUUGCUGGACCCUUUCUCAAUGUUUUUUUUUUGUUUGUUUUGUUUUUCUGUUUUAAAUUGAUCCCCUGCCUGAAGGCAGUUAUACAUUGAGCAUUUUUAAAGAUGGUGUACCAGGGUCUCCAUACAUAGUCCAUUUUAAAUUAAUUUCUAUUUUUAAUCAAGCAAUGGAUCCUUUUAAUGAGGUGCAAAUAGUACAUGGCUUAAUUGCCCAAGAUAUAAUUAUAUGAGGGGGUGGGAACGACAAGCUGUAUGUUUUAUUUUUACUAAUUAAAGUACACUGCAUUUCAUUUUAGAUUAUGUAUUGGGGAAAAGUAAAAAUAUAAGGUGAUUUUUUAUAAAUUACAAAUAGGCAAAAAUAUUGAAUAUAGAGAAAACAAGUCACUAUGGAAGUCCCCUAUGAAUAUAUAUAUAUGUUUUGCAGUUAUUUUUUUUUCUUAUGAUAUGUGUAUUCUAACUGAGGUUCAUUGUGUUCUUUUACUUGGUUAGAGGGAUACUAUUUUAGCAGUUCUAUUUAAUACAGUAGUGGUACUAGUCACCUUGUGGCACCCCAAUCAAUAGUCUGACAUGGCAGAUUGUCCUGAGGGUGUGUAGCGGAUUGACAGGUUCAGUGAUCUAUCAGGUAAAGCUAGAUAACCUUUUGUAUGUAUGUUUUUUUGAAGACUUUUUAUACUGGAUUGAAUAAUGGUGCUUGAAAUGCUAAGAUUUACUGGUGCAAAAUUAACUUACUGUUAUUGGUAAAGCCUUUUACAGGUGAAUAUCAUAAAUAUUAGAAACUCUGAAAUAGCUAUUUGUUGUUUUUCACUUUGAGAACCUAUAUACUGAUAUGCUUUUGGUUUCCUAAACAGUGGUCGUUUUCUCACUUGGUUACAGAUACAUAAACAUGAAUAGAUUUGACCUUAUCGUCUGAACUAUAUAUACCUUCAAGAUGUUAACAGUAACUGACCAAGACUGUAUAGAAAAGCUAUAUUGUGGUAAAUUAUAAAAUAAUGUGAAAGGAUUAAUGGUGAUUAAAUCUGUAUAUAUGUUUUUCUCAAUGUGCAAUUAAGCAGGAGGCUGUUGGUUUCUUAAAUGUAACAUGUUUUUUCCCCUUCAUGUUGUAGUGAUGGUUUCUUUAAAAAAAAAAAAAAAAAAAAAAAAAAAGUAUUUUAAAAGUAGAUCUGUGUCAAAUGAAUGUGGGUGCAGCUGAUUUAUUUUGAGCGGUGAAUGAUUUCAUGUCGGUCAAUUUAUAUUGACAGAAUAAUAAGGAAUAUAAGGGAUGAUGGCUCAUCUCAUUUUUGUAGUCUAAUAAGUAUGAUGUGCAGAGAUGCACAGGAUUUUAACAAAAGGCUGAACCAAAAAUCAGUAGUUGUAUAAUAAUGACCACCUUAUUUGAAAGGGAUUUGUAUAAUGAAAUCUCAGUCCUUUUUUCUGUCAGUAAUUGUCAGUAGUACCUGCAUAUAAAAUGUUAUUUUAAGUGCUGUUCCUGUUCUACACACUAUUUCUGAAAAAAAUGCUUUACAGAAUUCCAUGCUGACACGAAGGAAGGGUCUUCACUUGGCAAUUUGUGUUUGUUCUUGUGCAAUGUCUUUGUAUUUUAUACUAUGUAUCAUUUAUAGUUGUUACUUGUAGGUUUCUACCUUCUGGGAUAUCUCUAUAUACUGUAUUCUUUCACUAUCAUAUUUGACACAGGGACCAAUUGUGGAUGGAGAAUGUGUUUAUUUCUUUUUCACAGUAGCCUAUAGUUUGUCCUCAAGAGCAUGCAGAUUUAAGUUUAUUCAGAUAGGUAAUGCAACAAAGUGCCUGUAGGGCAAAACCUUUUUACAGAUCUACAUCUAUGCUUGCUGUGUGUGUUUCUCCGAUGUUUGCAAUGUUGAUUCUGUGGUUUUUGUAAGUGUGUCUGGUGUGAUUCACAGGUAUUUGGUAGAAGAUUGUGACCAAAGCUCCUGUUGCUUAAAUCCAGUCAGUAUUUCCCUUGUAAACCAAGCUUUUCUUUUAUGUGUGCUGUCCUAGUAAAUAAAUAAUUUUAUAUAAGUUCA